UUCCGAGCGCGUCACACCUCUCACGCUGAGUGCCGAGAAGCUUUUGAUAAGUUGCUGACUCUUUUCUCACUCUGUGCUUUACUUUUCAUCGCCAUCAGCGGCAUUUGUCCUUGGCCUGAAGUUCGCUGAAGUAAUCUUUCAGUCUCGCGGAUCACAUUACAGUUAGUUACACAUGAUUUCAUAAGUCUGUUGUCAAAUCCGCAGUGGCAUCCAAGUGUUAAAUUCGGUGUGUCCCAAUCGGCUUGCUCAAUACUUUAAUAAUUUACUCUCACUAUGUCUCUAGAAACUUACCAAGACUUUACGAAUAGCUACCUCUUAUCAAUUUUCAGUGCUCUUGUUUUCUAUGGAAAUAAUCGAUGGAUCCUUCCAAGGUUCGUGCCCAAGAAUGCGAGGCACUCGAAAAAAAGUGAAUGGGAGUGGAUCAACAUUGCCAACUCCCUCAUACAUUCCUUCAUCACAGGGAUGUGGGCCCUAUUUUGCUUUUGGCAAGUUCCGGAUAUGCGACAGGAUCUAAUCUCUACCUAUUCUUUCUCCGCACACAUGUGUAUGUGCUUAUCAAACGGGUAUUUUAUCUACGACUUCAUAGACAUGGCUAAUCACUGGGAAGAAGGUGGCUUUGAAAUUUUAUUCCAUCAUAUUGUUGUCCUCAUUGGGUAUACAGUACCCUUAUCUUCACUCAAGUAUAUGGGUAUCACCUUAGUUGGACUGCUGAUAGAAGUCAACAGUAUAUUCCUUCAUCUCAGGACAUUGAUGAAGUUAGCAAAAGCUGAUACAAAAAGUAUAUCAUACCACGUAAAUAACGUAGUCAAUCUAGGUACAUUUGUACUCUUUAGAAUUUUAACCCUUGGCUGGAUGACCCGAUGGGUUGUACUGAAUAGGGAACACAAAGACAUGACUAAAACUGCCUUUUAUAUUGCCAGUGCACUUUGCUCUAUCAUCAUGGUGAUGAAUGUGGUGCUUUUACAUCGAAUACUAGCUGAUGAUUUUAAAACGAACAAAAAGCAGCCGCAAAUCAACAACAAGCAAACCAGCCACGCCAAAAUCCAAUAAAGACGACAUAAAAAAUGUCUCGACUGAUUUCAUCGUGAAUCAGUCAUCCUUAGAUCUAGUCAUUAAUUAUUUAUUCUAUGUUUUAUGUUUCAUUCUCUCCAGAUUUAUUUUAAGGGUAAUUUUUUUUUAGUUUUUAGCUUAUUUUUCAUUCUCAAGUUUUUAUUUCUAUUAUCCUUUUGGAAGUCUCCAUUGUUCAAUCCAUCCAUUCGUUAGUACUUAUUUCAAAUGCUGUAAAGGAAAUGAUUUGAUCACAAUAUUAUCUCCAAUCAUCCCAGUACUGAGAAUUUUUUGAAACAUGACGUACACAGCGAAUACACUUGUAUCUUGUUAUAAUAUUUCUUGAAAUAACAUUUCCUAGGAAACACCGCUGUACUCUUAACAAGCCUCCGGACAAGAUAUGAAUUGAAGCACUAUGAAACAUGUUUUUCCUUUAAAAUUUCACGAGAAAAACACAUCACACUGCGCGCACGCUGGAAAUCAAUUCCGAAACUAAAUAUAAGUAUUUACAAUAAACAUUGAUGAAAUGGAAAAUACAAAUGAUGUCAUUUGUAUGAUUUAACUUGCUGAUGACCUGUGAAAAAAAUACGUAUUGCUAUAGCAUUUAGUAGUUGAUUUCCAAUCAUGGAACUUCCUGUUCCGUGAAUUUUUCUCUACGUAAGAUUAUGAAGAGAAAACAUGUUUAUGCUUUCUGCUUGUUCACGCCUUGUCUAAUAGUCCAUUUUACCUCAAAAACUUUAUUUUGAAGUACGCUUGCAUUAUUUUCCAGAGAGCAUUUUUCACAAUUUUGCCAAAGUUUUCUAGAAUGAAUUGCGAGACAAGGAUAAAAUAUGAGCUCAAACAUCUAUGCUUCCUCAUCAAACUAUUACAUGGAACUGAUGAGCACAUUUUGAAAAUUUUGAUAACUCACUCAGGCGCGAGUCCCUAAUUUUUCUAUAUUUGGCAUUCGGUAACUUUUCUUGACAACAAACGCAAGUACAUGUUAGUCAAACUGCAUCGGAUCAAUUUCAACAAGUUUCACAUUUAAAUUGUUCCCUUUGUGUUUAUUUUUUAAUGGUUUAUUUAUUUAUUUAUUUAUUUUUUUUUAUAUUUAUUUUUUUUUUAUAUUUAUUUUUUUUAAAGUAAGUUUUCUAAUACAGAAUUAAUCAGAGAAAGAAGAAGCUCUGGAAAACCUGACUCGGGUAAUUUUAGAAUGCACAAAUAGAUUCUCAAUGGUCAUUUUCUCUUACAUUGUUUUUUUGCUCUUCCUGCUGGCAGGAAGUUUGAACUAAGUGAUUUUAAUGUUAAUUGUUAGUAUCUUUUUCUCUCUGGGAAUUGGAUUUUAGAAUUUCUCGCAUGUAAGUUGUAUUAUGUAUGUAAUUUUGAUGAGAAUUCAUUGGGUUUUGCUGUAAUUUUCCUUAUUUAGUAUCCCAUUCUUGCCUGAAAUUUUGUUUCUAUCUGCAAAGCGUAAAUCACAGGCCAAACAUGAAUAUUUCAUCAAAAAAACUACCCCCGUUUUAUGUUUUCAUAGCAAGAUUCACCAUCAAAUUUACAGUAGGACAAAAUGUAAUGUUUUCUGGAAGAACUAUUUCUUUUUUUUUAGUAAGAGAGACAGACUAAUUCAAUUUCCAGCCGAAAACUGGUUGAGUGAGAAAUGAACGCUCUCUUAAAUCUGUAAUUUCUCCAAAGCUAUGCUUUUCAUCAUUUUGCAGAAGUAGUAUGCAAGUAUUUUCACCACCCUCCCUAAAACCUGUAUACAUUUUAUUAGGCAACAUGUUUCUUUGAUAGAUAUUCGAAUCCAUGAAGUGUUCACAUGCAACUUUAUUUUUAACAAAUUAUUUUCUGAAAUUUUACAUCCGCUUUGAAUGCACAAUUUGUUUUCCAACUUUCAAGAACAAAGCAUUUGCUCAGUAUCGUCAGAAGUAGUUCAUUUUGGAGAACCUUGUUAUUUACAAAUUUAUUUACCAGAUAUGGAUUGUUGUAACAUCCCAAUAGUGUCCUCUGCUUUGUUCUUUUUCUGUCAGAAAUUCUGUAAUCGACUUUUUGGCAUUUGUUUUUAUCAGUGCUAUGCCAUUAUAUUCGAACUUUAUUUUCUGUAUCCCGUCAAAAUUCUAUUGUCAGCAAUCAUGCAAAUCUCUUAUUUGUGGGAUCUGUAUUUUACAGAAGUAUCCAUUAUCUCAGUAUCAUAUUCAUUGAUUGACAUUGGUAUCGGUUAAUCUAUUUAUCUUAUUUUUUUUUUAUUUUGAAUUCAUUCACAUUAUGAAUCACGCACAAGAAUUUAUCAUUAUUUAUUUUUUAAACUUAGGAGGCUAUAUUCAGGCAUUAUUCUAAAGAAUGUUUUUUCUGUCUCUAGAUAUGGUAGGAAACUUGCUUGGCAGUCCCAUUUCUCCCAAUGUGCUCUGCAAUUUUUUAAGUUUUACCCUGAAUUUUUCUCCAUUACAAGCUCCUCCCAAGCAUAUUGAAAUUAUGAAUGGGUUGAUUUUUCCAAAAAUGCUAGUUGCUAUCCUUUUGCUUCAAGCCACUCUUUUGUGUGUACCAUUUUUUUAAUCAGUUGCUUCGUAAAGAUUUUUUGUCUCAGGUUUAAGAAAUUAUGGAGGCAGUUUGUAAAUCGCUGAUUUGUCACUACAAAAUUUUCCUAAAAAUAUUAUUUACUUUUCCCUUAAGAAUGGGUGGGAUAUUUUCAAGCAGAACUCAAAAAUUAACUGUUGAAUCUUUCAGCAAGAAGUUCUCAUCAAUAGAUUUCAUUUUGCAUCCUUGUUUAUUCAUCAAGAUCAUUCUACAGGACUCACAGGACUACAAACACCUGUAGUCAGUUUUGAAUGUUAAGAAUCCAUUCAUCAAUUCAGUAGAUGAGCUACUUAGGUUUUUCUUGCCGUAUCCAGGAGAAGGUAAAUCUCUGUUUUACUCCUCUUGGUAACCUUUGUGCAAAGUUAUUUCCUGUUUUUUUAUGCUGGAAUCCAUAUUUUCCAUUGAAGGUAAUUUAUUUCAAGCGCAGGUAUAAUGAUUUGUAAUUUUUUUUAUGUUUUUAAUAGUUAACCUUGUAUUAUUACUAGUAAGUUUGUUUUUUAAUAAUUUUUUUAGCUUUUAUUUUGGGUAUGAUUUAUUUAUUAUGUACUAAGGGAGCUCACACGAUACCUCAAGUGGGUAUCAUACUUAGUUCUAUACUUAGAAAUGCAUUCAUUAUAUCUAGCUUUGCUGUAAAGCCUGAGGGUUUAUGUUUCAACAUGGCUUGUUUGAGCAAUUUGCUACUUCUCAGUUCUCAUUAUUUAUUCAAAGAAGCUCCAGGCGGAAUUGUGUCGAUUAGUGUAUCUACGGCUGAAAGUUGUGGCAAGAAUAGCGACUUAGACAUUCAAUCAUAACUAAUGGUUUGCACCGUCAACGAACGAAGAAUGGCUCAAGCUUGCUGUAAAAAAUGCUCAACUUUGCACGACUGAAUGUAGAAAAUCAAUGUCCCGACUUUUAGUUAAAUUUAAAAGUCAGGUUUUUCAACAUGCGGUCGACCAUAGCCAACAAAAUUCGGUUCUGGGACAUGUGUUUGGAGCAACUUGAAUGAUUAAAAAUUGUGGUAAUUUUCGACGCUCCAGUCCUGAGUCUCUCGAGAUCCAUUCUGUACUCCGUUACCAUCUGUCUCUGAAUUAUAAGUUCACCUACCUUUGUCAGUAGUCCAGAAUAUCUAGACCGAGAUAUAUAAAAAUCAGACCCAGCAUUUCUGCAGCUGCUAAUACUGUGCAAUUGAAAUUAUCAGAAUGCAUGAAAUUAUUUAGGUAUAUAAGCUUCAAAAUUUUACUUUUAAUUUUCCCUUCCUUUUGUUUCCCCAAAGUACAGAAAUCUAUCGGUCCAGAUUCUUCUGCAACUGUCUACUCAACUGUCCGUUCUGUUGUAACAGAAAAUGACUGAGGAUUUUUCUUCUAUUCAUCACAUGUUAAUGGCUAACCUAAGAGACUACAUAUCUGGGUUUCCUCACACUUUAAUACUGAGACUAAUUAACUGAGUUCUUUUAAAAUUUCUGUGAUUUUCCUUCUCUAAUCGAAGAGUAUUCUGCGAAAAUCGUAAGGUACAAAGUGAACAUUUUUUCUCUAAAAAAUUAAAAGGGAGUAAAAAUUUUAGAACCCUGCUCUCAAGAUAUGUGGUCUCCGAAUUUGACCAUCUACUCGAGUUCAAAUGGAGAUACUCGUUUAUUUGCGUUGGAUUUUAAGGCGUCCACUUCAAAAUUGUUUUAAGAACAACCUUUACAGCAUAACUCUAAAGUGUCCAUCAAAAUAAUACGAGCAGUGACAAUAAAUUUUGAUUUUUCACUGUCAUUUUCACAAUUGACCAAUCGUGUGGCUCAAAAAAUGCACUUUGUCUCCUCAGUUCUCUGAAGGAGUCUUUCAAGCACUUUCAAAUGCUCAGAGCAAUUUUCAACGCUUAUCUUGCACAUAGGAGGAUUUCUUUUAUCAAGUAGGUAGUUAAUGUUGUUGGUAAAUAGCAAAUUAUAAAUUGUUAAAACUUGUUUCUAUGUUUCCCAACGCCUCUGUUGAUCAGAGAUGCCAUAUGUACAGUGAUGUGAUUCCCUCUUUUAGUUGAGUUAUUAUUUUUCCACUCAUUUUCCGCACUUGUUAAAAUGUCAACCACACAUCAUGAGGUUGAGGUUGAGGUCAUCAAAUCGGUGAAAAGGAGCCUCAUUUGAUCUCAUAAUUCGUCGCUCCUCUGAUGAGAGGGCGUAUCUCGAUUUCCAGGUGAGCCUUGCUCUUUGUAUAAUCCUAUGCUUUCUGGAGCUCAUGUGGAAAUGGAGAUUAGCCCUUACGACUUACAUCUGAGAGAUGACGAAUUGACCUGUCUAGUUGCAGUAUUGGGAUACUGCAAAUAUGAUCAUCUCUCAUAUGAGUAAGUAUGAGGAAGAGGAUGCAAGACUGCUCGCUGUUCCUAGUUCAUCUGCUCAUUUUAAGAUUCAAAGAAGUCAUGGCUCAUGGGCUAAGAAAGUUGAAAUUCUCAGAAAAGAAUCCAAAUAGUUUACGCACUUUAAGAGAGAAACCGAAUAUCAGCUGUCUUCAGUUAAGCAUUGAAUGUAAGUACAAGAAUCAAGAUGGUGGAUCUUCUUUCGCACUCUGGAGUGUUAACCUAUUCUGUAAGGACUCAAUAAAGCCUGAAAAGAAAAUUCUUCAUCUUGUUCAAAAUUUUAAGUUUAAAAUCGAUUAUGUCAUGUUAUAAUAUAGCACCGGUUCUAGUUCUGACUAGUUUUAGUCCAACUACUAACUAACCAUGAUUUCAUGUUGUUUCCAGUUGUUUUAAAUGUGCAGGUAGAACAUAUAUUUGUAUUUUGUAUCAUUUGUUACCAUCGUGUAUUAAUAGUACUGCAGUCGGCAUUAUAUGCAUUAAAUUACAGAUUUAUAUUUUUAUGACCCAGCUUUUGUGGCCUUCGAAGUUUCCAAAAAAGAGAAAAAUAAAAUACUUCCAUCAUGCA